CACCCCUCGACAAACUAGACAAUAAUACUAAUACUUAUACUAAUAAUGCUCAAUGCUAAUCACAUAUUAAAAUCAAUACUCCAUCGAAGUAGAUAUUUAUUGUCAAGUCAAAGAAAUGAGCUCCACACCAGUGUAAAGUGUGAUAAACUUGCUCGUACUAGAUCUGAGCUGUGCGAGGCUAACAAAGUUGUCAUUAAGUUGGGCAGUGCAGUUGUCACGAAACCGGAUAAAAGUGGUCUUGCUUUGGGACGUUUAGCGGCUAUUGUAGAACAGAUUGCGGAACUUUGUCAUCAGGGACGACAAUGCCUUCUCGUUACCAGUGGAGCAAUAGCCCUAGGUCGACAUCAUCUUGAAAUUGAUGAAAAGAAAAGUAGUCGAGGCGCUCGUGCAGCUAUUGGUAUGGCAGAAAUGGUCACUUUAUAUGACCAUUUGUUUGAACAAUGUGAUCUGAGAACAGCAGCUAUGUUACUUACACCUGUAGACUUUGAUGAUGACCAGCGGCGAGCAUAUUGGCGAACAGCACUUCAAGAUUUAUUGAAUCAAGGUGUUGUACCUAUAAUCAAUACAAAUGAUGCUGUAGCUUGGACUAAAGAAAAUGCUGAAGGUAAAGACUCUAAAGUAAGUCCUUUGAACGUGAUAAUAUUAUUGGUGUAG